CACAAUACACAUACAUCCUCUUAUUAACACAUAUUUAGUACCACUUUUGAUCCAUAUUAUUUCACUCUCUUAACGUAAUGGAGAGGAAAAGUAAUAGUGGAGAGUGGGAGAAGAUGAAGAAAGAGAUCCACGAGCUGAUGACAGAAGGAAUAGACUAUGCUCACCAGCUCAAGUCUCAACUCGGCUCUUCUUCAUCUGAUCUAGAAUCACGUGAGCAUUUGGCCAAGAAGAUUCUUGAAUCUUACCACAAGUCUCUUACCAUUAUGAAUCACUCGGGCGAACUCGAGCAAGUUUCUCCCCAUAUCCACGGUGGAGGAAGCCCCAAGAGCGAUGAUUCCGACCAAGAACACCACCAAACCAUCACGAGUUCGAAGAAGUCAAUGCCAAGGUGGACGGAAAAAGUCAGAAUUACCCCUGGAGUUGAGAUUGAUAGAAUGCUUGACGAUGGGUUCAGCUGGAGAAAGUACGGCCAAAAGGAUAUCCUCGGAGCCAAAUUUCCAAGGGGAUACUAUAGAUGCACGUAUAGAAAAUCUCAAGGAUGUGAAGCCACCAAACAAGUCCAGAGAUCCAACGAAAAUCAGAUGCUCUUUGAGAUUAGUUACCGUGGAAUACAUUCUUGCUCCCAAGCCGCUAAUGUUCGUUCAGCCAUUCCGGUGCGAGUUCUUGAACCAGACCAGACUCAAGGACACGAAAAUCUUGAGAUGGUGAAGGAAAGUCUAGACACUGAUAAUCACAACUACAAUCAUCAACCACAUUUGCAUCAAUCCAUGCAAUAUCCUUUGUCCUCUACCCCAACUCUAGAGAGUAACAAUAUGAUGCUUCAACUGAGAGAUCAAAACAUUGACUUUUUCGGAUCUACGAGUUUCUCUAGUGAUCUAGGAGCUAAUGUCAACUAUGAUUAUCUGGCUUCUCACAAUGUUGGCUCAGUUUCUCACUCUACAUCAAACUCUCCUUCGGAAUCUCCGUUUGAAAGCUUUGAUCCAAAUAAUCCAUUCAAAGGUUUUGGAGGGUUCUAUUCUUAGUUACUCACUAAGAGAGGGGAAAGAAGUUCUACGCGAUCUUCUCAUUAAAGAGAGAGAGAUGUAGUUAUUUAUAAUAGCUAAUCAGUUCCACCAGUAAUUCUACUUAAUUUCCCGAUCAUGUUUUCUUUUCUUUUUUUUUUGUCUUUUUGUUUACUUAUUGAAUAAGCCUUAUUUUGAGAUCUAUGUUGAAACAACCAGACUUGUAUUCUAUAUAUAAGCCAUGGUUUUCUUUAUCAAAUGUUGUUGUAACAAAUUUGAAUCUUUCUGUUGCAAAUUUGAGAUUAUUAAAAUUGAGAUUAAAAGUUUAGAUUAGUUAAGAAUGUAUACACUUUAUCAAAUGUAUUUCUAUGGUUUUCCAUCAAGCUUGUAAAAUUCUAUAUGGCCUCAA